AUGUCCCACGAAAGCGUCUGGAACUCGCGCCCGCGAAACUACGGCAAGGGCUCUCGCCAAUGCCGCGUCUGCAAGCACACCGCCGGUCUGGUCCGCAAGUACGACCUCAACCUGUGCCGUCAAUGCUUCCGUGAGAAGGCCAAGGACAUUGGUUUCCACAAGUACCGAUAA